GUAGGGUGUGAGACAUUUAUGGACAUCGUUAUUGUUCUGGAUGGUUCCAACUCCAUUUAUCCUUGGUCGGAGGUGCAGGACUUUAUCACAACAAUCUUGCAGAAGUUCUACAUUGGCCCAGGUCAGACACAGGUGGGAAUUGUUCAGUAUGGCUCCACAGUGGUCCAUGAGUUUAGUUUAGGUGAAUACCAGACAGUGAAGGAUGUGGUCGAAGCUGCCAAGAACAUUGACCAACGCGGUGGAGAGGAGACAAGGACAGCACUGGGGAUCAAUGUGGCACGGUUGGAGGCCUUUCAGCGGGGCGGCAGGCCAGGAGCUCAGAAAGUGAUGAUUGUGAUCACAGACGGUGAAUCGCAUGACAGUCCUCAUUUGAUGGAAGCUGUCAGUCAAAGCAAGGAUGACAAUAUCACCAUGUAUGCUAUUGCUGUUCUGGGUUAUUACAACCGACGAGGGAUUAACCCUGAGGCCUUUCUUAAAGAAAUCCGGUUUAUUGCCAGUGACCCUGAUGAGGAGCACUUCUUCAAAGUUACAGAUGAAUCUGCUCUGAAAGAUAUUGUAGACGCCCUGGGAGAACGAAUUUUCUCUUUGGAAGGCAUUAGCAGUCAGGGUCGGGGCUUUGGUCUACAGAUGGCUCAAGCUGGUUUUUCAUCACUUUUAGUCAAC